AUGUCUCUGGACGAUGUGAGGAGCACCACCAGCUAUGGAGCUGAAAGCGGAGCUUCAGACCGCUGCAAUGGUCACUUGCGGAACCACAGUCAGGACGGAGAUCCGGAAAAACACGGCCAAGGCCAGGAUGGAGUCGUUCUGGAUCGCAUCGCCUCUCUGUCACUGGACAUGUUUGAGCCCAGUGACUUUAUUGGGAGAUUUUCAAAGAUUCAGUCCAGGUACAGGAAGAGGACGAGGAUCAUUGGAGCUUCUCCAGUGGGCCUGAAGCCGCCUCUCCCGCCAGUCAGUGGAACCCUGGGAGAGAGGAAGGGUCCUGUCGUCAUGGCGCCCGUCAACGUGGACCCUGAGAGCAAGCCGGGCGAGUUCGUCCUCAAGAGCUUGUUUGCCAACUUCACCUUGCUCUCAGAGCGCAAGAUCCGCAUCAUCAUGGCAGAGCCGCUGGAGAAGCCACUCAACAAAUCUCUGCAGAGAGGAGAGGACCCGCAGUUCGACCAGCUGAUGAGCACGAUGAGCUCUCUAGCAGAGUACUGCCUGCCGUCCAUCCUCAAGACGCUGUUCGACUGGUACAAGCGGCAGAACGGCCUGGAGGACGAGUCCCAUGAAUAUCGACCCCGAGCCAACACCAAGUCCAAAAAUGACGAGCAACAGAAGGACUACCUACUGGAGCGCAGGGAUCUGGCCAUAGACUUCAUGUUUUCUUUGGUGCUCAUAGAAGUUUUGAAACAGAUCCCCCUCCAUCCGCUUUUGGAUGGACUCAUUCAGGAAGUGAUAAACUUGGCUUUUAAGCACUUCAAAUACAAGGAAGGGUACCUUGGACCCAACACAGGCAACAUGCACAUCGUGGCUGACCUCUAUGCUGAAGUAGUGGGAGUUGUAGCUCAGUCAAGGUUCCCGGCAGUGAGGAAGAAGUUCAUCUCUGAACUGAAGGAGCUGAGGCAGAAGGAGCAGAACCCCUACGUCAUCCAGUCCACCAUCAGCCUCAUCAUGGGACUCAAGUUUUUCCGCAUUAAAAUGUAUCCAGUGGAAGACUUUGAGGCGUCCUUUCAGUUCAUGCAGGAGUGUGCACAGUACUUUCUGGAAGUGAAGGAUAAAGACAUUAAGCACUCAUUAGCCGGACUCUUUGUGGAAAUACUUGUUCCUGUAGCUGCUACUGUGAAGAACGAGGUGAACGUGCCAUGUCUGCGAAACUUCGUGGAGAGUUUGUACGACACCACGCUGGACCUGUCCUCGAGGAAGAAGCACUCUCUGGCUCUGUAUCCUCUGGUGACCUGCCUGCUGUGCGUCAGUCAGAAGCAGUUCUUCCUCAGCCGCUGGCACAUUUUCCUCAACAACUGCCUCUCAAAUCUCAAGAAUAAGGACCCCAAAAUGGCACGAGUGGCUCUGGAGUCGCUGUACCGCCUGCUCUGGGUCUACAUGAUCCGGAUCAAGUGCGAGAGCAACACUGGCACGCAAAGCCGCCUAACCUCCAUCACCUCCACGCUGUUCCCCAAAGGGAGUCGCAGCGUCGUGCCCAGAGACAUGCCCCUCAAUAUAUUUGUGAAAAUUAUCCAGUUCAUUGCUCAGGAGAGGCUGGAUUUCGCCAUGAAGGAGAUCAUAUUUGACCUGUUGAGCGUCGGGAAGCCCGCCAAGGCCUUCAGCCUCAACCCAGAGCGUAUGAACAUCGGUCUGCGGGCCUUCCUGGUGAUCGCAGACGCUCUGCAACAGAAGGACGGCGAGCCCCCUAUGCCGAACACCGGAGCCACCCUGCCAUCCGGAAACUCUCUGAAGAAGAAGAAAACGUAUCUCAGCAAGACUCUGACCGAGGAGGAAGCUAAGCUAAUCGGCAUGUCCUUGUAUUACUCCCAGGUGCGCAAAGCUCUGGAUAACAUCCUGAGACACUUGGAUAAAGAGGUGGGGCGGUGCAUGAUGCUCACCAGCGCCCAGAUGCUCAACAAAGAGCCAGAAGACAUGAUCACAGGCGAAAGGAAGCCUAAAAUCGACCUGUUCAGGACGUGUGUGGCUGCCAUUCCUCGAAUCCUUCCUGAUGGGAUGUCCAAACCGGAGCUCAUUGAUCUGCUGUCACGGCUAACAGUGCACAUGGACGACGAGCUCCGUCUCAUUUCCCAGAACUCCCUGCAGAGCCUGCUGCUCGAUUUUUCAGACUGGAGAGAAGACGUGUUGUUUGGUUACACACAUUUCCUUUUACGUGAGGUCCAAGACACCCAUCAGGGUUUGCAAGAUGCAUCUGUGAAGCUGCUUCUCCAGCUGCUCACACAGUGGCGAUUAGCUCUGCAGCUCCAGGGGAAGAUGCGCGGCGGAGUUGAGGCCAGCCCCCGGCUGCCAGAGCGGAGCCCUCAUUGCUCAGUCCUCCAUGCGGUGGAGGGCCUCGCUCUGCUGCUCCUCUGCUCGUGUCAGAUCAGCACCAGGAAGCUGGCAGUCGGCGUGUUGCGGGAAAUACGCUGCCUCUUCACAGCUCUGGGACACGCAGAGGAUGAUGACAAACCCAUGAUAGAGGUCAUGGACCAGCUGAGCCCAGCUGUAAUGGACAGUUUUGUCCAUGUGGCUGUUUCUGACUCAUCCACCUUGCCGCUCAACCACCACGUGGAUCUGCAGUGGCUGGUGGAGUGGACGGCGCGGCUGGUGAGCAGCUCGUACGACGUGAAGAGCCCCAGUCACGUCUGGAUCUUCGCCCAGUGCAUGAGGGACCCGUGGGUGCUCUGUCUGCACAUCUUCUUGCGCCAAGAGCACCUGCCCAAACACUGCCCCAUCGCCCUGGGGUACGCCUGGCCCUACGUCUUCACUCGACUGCAGCUGCUGCUGCCACUGGUCGACCCCAACAGUCCAGUGAAUGCUAAGAAGACCAGCACGGCAGGUUCCAGCGACAGCUACAUCUCACUGUGGCGCAACUACUUGAUCCUGUGCUUGGGCGUAGCGAAGCCGAGCAUCAUGUCACCGGGGCACCUCAGAGCUUCUACACCCGAGAUCACCGCCACCACACCGGAUGGAAGCGUCACCUACGACAACAAGGUGAUAGGCACUCCCUCCGUGGCCUGGCUUUUGAAACAGCUGGUUCCUCUGAUGAGAGCCGAGAGUCUGGAGAUCACAGAGUCUCUCGUUCUUGGAUUUGGCUGCACAAACGCUCUGGUAUUCAGGGAGCUGGUUGAAGAACUCCACCCGCUGAUGAAGGAAGCUCUGGAGCGCAGGCCCGAGAAUAAGAAGCGUCGAGAGAGACGCGAUCUUCUCAGGCUGCAGCUGCUCAGGAUCUUUGAGCUGCUGGCGAAUGCCGGAGUUAUCAGCGACAGCACCAAUGGAGCUCUGGAGCGCGACUCUCUGGCUCUGGGAGCCUUGUUCCUUGAAUACGUAGAUCUAACUCGGAUGCUUCUGGAGGCCGAGAACGAGAAGGAGCUGGACAUCCUGAAAGACAUCAGAGCCCAUUUCAGUGGGAUGGUGGCCAAUCUCAUCCAGUGUGUUCCUGUCCACCACAGACGCUUCCUCUUCCCCCAGCAGUCUCUGAGGCAUCAUCUCUUCAUCCUCUUCAGCCAGUGGGCGGGACCCUUCAGUGUUAUGUUCACUCCUCUCGAUCGUUACAGCGAUCGCAACCACCAGAUCACCCGCUACCAGUACUGCGCUCUCAAGGCCAUGUCGGCAGUUCUAUGUUGUGGUCCAGUUUUCGACAACGUGGGUCUUUCCACUGACGGCUAUCUCUACAAAUGGCUCGACAACAUCUUGGCCUGUCAUGACCUACGGGUCCAUCGUCUGGGGUGUGAAGUGGUCAUCCUCCUCUUGGAGCUGAACCCAGACCAGAGCAAUCUUUUUAACUGGGCCGUGGACCGCUGCUUCACCGGGUCUUACCAGCUGGCGUCCGGCUGCUUCAAGGCCAUCGCCACAGUGUGCGGCAACAGGAAUUACCCAUGUGACCUUGUGACGUUGCUCAAUUUGGUGCUGUUCAAAGCGUCAGACACCAGCAGGGAAAUAUAUGAAAUCUCCAUGCAGCUAAUGCAGGUGCUGGAGUCGAAGCUGUGCGCGUACUCGAAGCGGAUGGUGGAGCAGAAGCCCGGCAACAUUUUGUACGGGACGCACGGCCCGCUGCCUCCUCUCUACAGCGUCAACCUUUCUCAGCUCUCCAUCCAGCUGGCCAGCAUGUACCCAGAGCUCACUCUGCCUCUUUUCUCAGAGGUGAGCCAACGCUUUCCAACCACCCACCCCAACGGCAGGCAGAUCAUGCUGUCCUACCUGCUGCCUUGGCUCAGUAACAUCGAGCUGGUGGACACGGGGCUGCUCCCCCCCGCCUCCAGUCCCUGCACGCCGGAGGAAGAGUCCCGCGGCCAGGCGCAGGGAAUGUCUCCCAGCCUGAGAGGCAGCGGCUGGGGCUCGCUGCAGGCAACCUCGCUGGUGCUCAACAACCUCAUGUUCAUGACCGCCAAGUACGGAGAUGAAGUUCCCGGACCAGAGAUCGAGAAUGCCUGGAAUGCUUUGGUGUCCAACGAGAGGUGGAGCAACAACCUGCGGAUCACCCUGCAGUUCCUCAUCAGCCUGUGCGGAGUCAGCAGCGAUACCACGCUGCUGCCUUAUAUAAAGAAGGUGGUGAUCUACCUGUGCCGUAACAACACCAUCCAGACGAUGGAGGAGCUCAUUUUCGAGCUGCAGCAGACCGACCCAGUCAACCCCGUGGUUCUGCACUGCGAUAAUCCUCCUUUCUAUCGCUUUGCUGCCAGCAACAAAGCCUCCACGUCCCAGACAGGCACCACUUCGAGCAGCAACACCGUGGUGGCCGGUCAGGACAACCUGCCAGACACGGAUGAGAACAAGUUGGUCAGAGAGAGUGACGAGCGCCGGGCCAGAGCGCACAACAGACUGGAGUCCCGGUACAGUAACAGCUCCGGAGGCUCCUACGAGGAUGAGAAAACUGAUCCUCUCCCGCCUUAUGCUGGGUGGUUAUUGGGAGUUUUGGAGACCAACCGUCCUCAGCCGUUACCCAUGCCCGUCAACGGAGGCUGCUGGGCGCCGCUGGUCGACUACCUACCAGAAACCAUCACGCCGAGAGGCCCGCUGCACCGGUGCAACAUCGCUGUGAUUUUUAUGACUGAAAUGGUGGUGGACCACAGCGUGAGAGAGGACUGGGCUCUGCACCUGCCGCUGCUCCUCCACGCUCUCUUCUUAGGUCUGGACCACUACAGACCAGAAGUGUAUGAGCACAGCAAGCGUCUCCUGCUGCACCUCCUCAUUGCCCUCUCCUGCAACAACAACUUCCAGGUAAUCGCUUCAGUUCUGAUGCUGACCAGAGAGAUCAGCGACAACAAGACCCUCACCAUUAAGUCCAGCUACCACACAGAGUACCAGCAGUCACAUGCCCCUGAUUUUCUGCGUGAGUGGCAGGCGUCCCCUGUGGUGGACUCUGGGCUCAGCUCCACCUCCAACUCGUCCUCCGCCAGUCUGGGCGGCGGCAGCACUGCGGGCAGUGUUGGGAAUCUGCCCCUCGUCACGCCCGACGACCUGGAGGACCUGGAAGACACGCCGAACGAGACGGACGAAAAGACCAACAAGCUCAUUGAAUUCCUCUCCACCAGUGCCUGGAGUACUGUGUUGUUGUUGCUCAGAGCGUUUGGGCCACUUUGGGUUCACGAGGACAUCACUCCAAAGAAUCCCACCUCCAAGAGCACAGAGCAGCUCAGCAACUUCCUGCGCCACGUCAUCUCUGUGUUCAAGGAAUCCAAAUCAGACUUCCACCUGGAGCAGCAGCUGAGCGACGUGGCCCUGCAGACGGCUCUGUGCAGCUCUUCGCGACACUACGCCGGGCGCUCCUUUCAGAUCUUUAGAGCCCUCAAGCAGCCGAUCAACAACCACGCCGUGUCGGACCUGGUCUCCCGCCUCGUCGAGGUUGUUGGAGAACACGGAGAUGAGGUGCAGGGUUAUGUGAUGGAGGUGCUGCUGACGCUGGAGUCGGUGGUGGUCAAUCUGGCCGAAUGUCUGAAAAACAGCGACCUCAUGGCCGCUCUCACCCGGACGUCCUCACCGGACUUUGUGACGAGCGACAAACUGAUGAACAGGAAGAGCACGGGUCAGCUGAACUUCCCGGGCCCGGGCUUCGUCGGUCUGUCGUCACAGCGCCAUCAGCGCUCCUACUCCGUCCCCAAGAAGUUUGGGGAGUGCGGCAACCAGCUGAGCGAUCCACCUCGCAGUGCGACCCUGGAUCGCAUUCAGGCUUGCAACAGUCACGGUCUCGCCCGCACGGGAAGAACCCCGGGCUCCUGCACGUCGUCCACCAAUCGCAUCGACCCCAGCGCUCUGUCCGACCCCGCUCACGUUUCCCACCCCUCGUCUAUCCUGGCCACCGUCUUCUGGGUGGCGGUGUCGCUCAUGGAGUCAGACUUCGAGUUUGAAUAUCAGAUGUCGCUCCGCCUUGUGCACAAGCUGCUGUCAAAGGUCCCCUUGGACAGGGCGGAGAACCGUGAGCGCCUGGAGAAGCUGCAGGCUCAGCUGAGGUGGAGCGGCUUCUCCGGGAUACAGCAGCUCUUGUUGAAGGGGUUCACCUCGCAGGCGACCUCUGACCUCACCCUGCAGCUGUUCUGCCAGCUCACGCCCGUCUCCCGAGUGCCGGUCGUCGACAGCUCACAGUCCAUCGGUUUCCCUCUGAACGUGUUGUGUCUGCUGCCUCACCUCGUGCAGCACUUCGGCCACCCAACGCAGUUCUGUAAAGAGAGCGCCGAGAGGAUCGCACAGGUGUGUUUGGUGGAGAAGAACACAAAGCUGUCCCAUCUGGCCCACGUGAUGACGCUCUACAAGACGCGUUCCUACACGCGGGACCCCUUCUCCUGGGUCAGCGUGGUUUGCCGCUACCUCCACGAGGCUUUCUCCGACAUUACCCUCAACAUGGUCACCUACAUGGCUGAGCUGCUGGAUAAGGGCCUUCCCAGUAUGCAACAGUCUCUUCUCCAGAUCAUCUACUGCCUGCUCAGCCACAUGGACCUGACGGCUGUUCAAGUCAAACAAUUCAACGCAGACGUCAUGAAGACCAUCGAGAAGUUUGUUCAGACGAUACACUGGAAGGACGCUUUGAACAUCCUGAAGCUGGUGGUCUCUCGCUCCGCCAGCCUCGUUCACCCGGUCUACGGCCACUCGCAGGGCGACCUCUCUAACCUCGAGGUCAGCAGAGUGUGGGACGGCUCGUCCAAGGCCCUUCCUGGGAAAACACUGGAUUUCACUUUUGACAUCUCAGAGACUCCCGUGAUCGGACGUCGGUUUGAUGAGCUUCAGGGCUCUGGAGGUCGAGAGGGGAAGGCCAGAGCCAUGGCAGUAACCCGCAGCACCUCCUCCACCUCUUCUGGGUCCAAUUCCAACACCAUCCUGGUGCCUGUCAGCUGGAGGCGACCGCAGUCAUCUCAGAAAAGAACCAGAGAGAAGCUGGUCAAUGUUUUAUCUCUUUGUGGACAAGAAGUCGGGCUCACCAAGAACCCAUCGGUGAUCUUCUCGUCAUGCGGCGACCUGGACAUGAUGGAGGUGCGUGAGAGCGGCGUGUCGUCCGAGGAGGGCGGCACCAGGGAGGACACUCUCGACGACACCGCCAGCGAGCAGCAGUUCAGGGUUUUCCGAGACUUUGACUUCCUGGACGUGGAGCUGGAGGACGGAGAGGAGCUCCAGGGUGAGACGGUCGAUAACUUUAAUUGGGGCGUGCGGCGACGAUCCCUGGACAGCACGGAGCUGGGCGACCUGCUGGAGGAGAGCCAGCACUCGGGCAGCACUCCCAGUCUGGGACACGAGGACCCUCACGACUCAGACGAGUCCUCAGAGGAGGAGGAGUCGUCCACCAGCCAGAGCCUGUCUCACUCCCAACUGACCAACCCUUCUCCGUCAGAGGAAACCAAUCACACUGAUUCGCUGUCCACUUCUUAUGACACGUCCGCCGACCCCCAGUCCUUCACCGCCACCACGCCGGGGCAGGGGCCGCUCCACGAGCACAGCAUCCUACACGGGAGGGUGUGCGGCGAGGACGAGGACACCCAGGCUCACGACGACGAGCUGUCGCUGAGCGCCAACGAGCUCCCCCCCGGCUCGGACUGCGGCGAGAGCUUCACGCUGGAGCUGCCGGGUCAGCCGCAGGACCAGCUGCUCGAGCUGGAGCGCAGACUCAACCCGGACUACUGCCAGCCGCCGCUGGACUUUCUGGACCCCAACUGCCUGCCCAGCUUACGUGAUGAUGUAGAUGAUUUGGAAGAUCUUGGAUUUCCUCCUCCCCCUUCUCCUUUUUUCUCCGCCAUCUUGGCGGCUUUCCAGCCGACCGUGUGUGACGAUGCGGAGGAGGCGUGGAGAUGUCACAUCAACCAGCUUGUGAUGGACUCCGACGGAUCGUGUGCCGUCUACACUUUCCAAGUCUUCUCAUCUCUCUUUAAGAACAUUCAGGGAAAAUUCUGCACCUUGACGACUGAUGUUGCCACGUACCUUGGUGAGGGAUUAAGAGGCAUUGGAUCCAAGUUCCUCAGGUCCUCACAGAUGCUCACCACAUGCUCCGACUGUCCGACAAUCUACAUUGACGCGGACACUAUCAUGUCUUACGGUCUUCUGGAGAAGAUGAAGUUCAGCGCACUGGAGCUGCAGGAGUACCUGGACACCUACAACACUAAAGAGGAAGCUGCUGUCUCGUGGCUGAGAAACUGUAAAGACACAUUUCCCAGGUGCCCCGGCGACAGUGUGGUUACCUGCCAGCCUGGAGACUCAGAGGAGAAGCAAAUGGAGUCUCUUGCACAACUGGAGCUUUGUCAGAGGCUCUACAAGCUGCACUUUCAGCUCCUCCUACUGUUCCAGUCCUACUGCUCGCUCAUUGGUCAGGUUCACGCCAUCAGCUCCGUGCCUGAGCUGCUCAACAUGUCUCGGGAGCUCACGGGUCUGAGGACCAGCCUGCAGGCGGCAGAGGCGGCUGUAGCCAGCGACCUGGAGCACAAACACUUCGCCCACACGCACGCCCACGCCACCCAAGUGGCGGCCAUGGUCGUGCCCAACUUCUCGUCCUCCGAGGCCGCCGUGCAGGCCAUACUGGAGUGCCUUAAGAACCACGAGUUCACCAAAGCUGUGCGCUACAUCCAGGAGUGCAGGAGGCAGUGGCCCAGUGGUGUGUUCGGGGGCAGCUCAGAAAGCGAGGUCCAGACGCUGCUCAACAUCUACUUCCGCCACCAGACCCUGGGCCAGACGGGCACCAUCGCCCUGGUGGGCUCCCGCCAGGACCUCAGCCUGAUCUGCUCCAAGCUGCUGGAGCUCAACGGGGAGAUCCGCGACAUGAUCCGCCGCGCCCAGGGGUACCGGGUCGUCACGACCUACCUCCCCGACUCCAGCGCCUCCGGGACCAGCCUCUGACAGGAGCUCAGGAGCCCCCCUCCCCCUCCCUCCCCGCCUCCGCCUCCCACGUCCCUGCAGCCGCUGACUCUCCCGAAAGCCGGGCCGCUCCUCCCGCCGGCCGCACGGGCGGAGGAGGCCCGGCACCCGCACACCUGGCCGCUGCCUCCGCCGGUGUGCCUGCUGCCCCGCCUGCACGGCUCCAGACACCCCCCCGCAGCCCGUCCCGUCCCACGCUAGAACCACAAGCGCACCAAGACCAUGACUGGAACCGCUCCCCGCACUCCUCGUCCUCAUCUGCUGUCAACGCCGACGCCUCCUGGCUGGAUUUUCCCAAACCUCCGGACCUGUUCUCGCUGCUCAGCUGCUCCGGCGCUGCAGGCCCAGCUGAUUCUACCCAAGAGCCAAAGAGAGGGCACCUCAAUGAGUACAGGAGUGUCUGUCAUCCUUUCAAAGGACACAUGUCUCACAUUUCACCGCAGUCACAGUCACACCGGGACAGACGGCGUCCGUCCCACAGUCUCCCCACCGUGGCCUCCGAGCCCACGUUGCUCACACACGCCUGCGCCAACGCAUCGCCCGCCCCCCCUCACGGCUCUCAUCUCCCUCACUUCCCCCGCUCACCCUACAAGCACUCGUCCUCAGAUUCAGACCGGGAUUGGGGCGAGGUCUUAACUCGCGGUCCCUCCCGGUCUUCGUCUCUCCUACCCCCUCCCCCGCCUCCCCCUCCCUGCCCGGCCGGCCCCGGAGAGGCUGCGGCGUGGGGCUGCUGCUGCUCCCUCGGCGGCGCCGCGGCGCCCCUGUCCCGCUACCUGGGGAAGGUGGGGCAGGCCGCCUUGCCCCUAUUGAAAGUAGGGGGGCUCCUGAAUGCUGAACCGUCGGAUGUUCAGACUUGAGACUUUAAAAGACGACCUAACGAGGUCAAACCUGCGUCAACCCAAAUGCCUGAAAGCAGCUAAUCCCGACUGGCCCUCAGAUCGCUGCGUCUGAGGAAGAGUCGACGAGUUUAAAGUACAUAGAGAUGUUGUAAGAUAAGGAAACCUCUCUCUAGGAUCUGUCUCUCAACCCACUGGAUUCUACAGACUGUCUGCUGAUAGAGAAGACCUGAUGUGAUUAUAUCGAGCGCCAUCUUUGCUUCACAUGUUGUAAACGUGACGCGCUGCGCGGUAAAAGUCCUGCUUGAUGGUCGUCAUUCGGCAUGGGAUCCGCUCUGCGCCAGAGGAGCCCUGAAGGUUUCCACGCCCACGUUUGUAACUGACUUGCCAGAGGAACCGGACUGACUCGUGCCGCCUCCGUCGAGAAGGAUGCGUUCGUCAUUCGCAUCAACAGAGACGGUGAGGAAUCUCCCUGUGACAUUACGUAGCAUCACUGGAAGACUUUCCUCUAUUGCACUAAAUGGAGUUUUAGUAUUAGUUUUUUUGUAAUGUUGUAGGGGGAAAAAAAAGGGGGAUUAAGCGACUGUUUUCUUACUGUGAGAGAAAAAGGCUGUCACUUUCACCGAGAAGGAAAUGCCAAAUGCUGGAGUAAUCUUUUUUUUUUCCUCCCGUUUUUGUCUACUGUUCUGAGAAACUGUGCAAUGCAUGACCCAGAUGAAUGCUUUCUACUGUACACGAGCGUCCCUCUUCGCCUCCCAGACGUCUGCGCACUGACU